AUUCUGCUAUAGUAUGCAUCACAAUAUUAGAAGCAGAGGCUCCAAUUUACAACCACGUGACGAUUAUGGCAAGGAUCAAGUCAACAGCAGCAAACGCUUGCUUCUUCCUCCUCAAGCUCCUCUUUCUUUGCUCCUUGCCUUAUCGCAGUUCUUCCACUCCUCUGUUCCCCAAAGAAGCCCUCCCCACCAAAUCAGGCUACCUACCGGUCAAUCCUGCCACCGGUUCUGCUAUUUUCUACUCCUUCUAUGAAGCUCAAAGCCCCACUUCCCCUCUCUCCCACACCCCACUUCUCAUUUGGCUCCAAGGUGGCCCGGGCUGCUCCUCCAUGAUCGGCAACUUGUUUGAGCUUGGACCAUGGUGGGUCGUUUCUUCUCACAACCAAAACGUUGACCACUUGUCUCUCAAGCGCAAUCCAGGUUCUUGGAACCGCUUAUUUGGUCUUCUUUUUCUUGAUAGUCCUAUUGGAACAGGGUUUAGUAUAGCUUCAACGCCCCAGGAGAUUCCUAGAGACCAAAAUUCUGUUGCCAAGCAUCUUUUUGCCGCUAUCACAAGUUUUACCUCAUUAGAUCCUUUGUUUAAGUAUCGUCCUAUUUAUAUUACUGGUGAGAGUUAUGCAGGAAAGUAUGUUCCUGCAAUUGGGUAUUACAUUUUGAAUAAAAAUCCCCAAUUGCCAGUGUCACAAAGAGUGAACUUGAGAGGUGUUGCUAUAGGUGAUGGGUUAACAGAUCCGAUCACCCAGGUUGCCACUCAUGCUGACAGUGCUUACUAUUCUGGUUUAAUCAACCAGAGGCAAAAGGGAGAACUAGAGGAAGCACAAAGGGAGGCCGUUGAGUUGGUUAAGAUAGGAAACUGGAGUGAGGCAACAAAUGCUAGGUCCAGGGUCUUGAGGAUGCUGCAAAACAUGACAGGUUUGGCCACUUUGUAUGACUAUACAAAGAAAAAGCCUUACCAGACACAGUUUGCAACCAGGUUUCUCAACAUAGCUGAGGUAAAGAAAGCAUUGCGAGUGAAUGAAUCGAUUGUUUUCGAGGAGUGCAGUGACGUCGUUGGGGCUGCAUUGCAUGAAGAUGUGAUGAAGAGCGUGAAGUACAUGGUGGAAUUCUUGGUGAAGAACAGCAAGGUGCUGUUGUAUCAAGGGCUCUAUGAUUUAAGAGAUGGUGUGGUAUCAACAGAGGCAUGGGUGAAGACAAUGAAAUGGGAAGGACUUGAGAAAUUCUUGAUGGCUGACAGAGAGCUUUGGAAAGUGAACGGAGAGCUUGCUGGAUAUGUGCAAAAGUGGGGGAGCUUAACCCAUGUUGUGGUUUUGGGGGCGGGGCAUCUUUUGCCUGCCGACCAAGCUUUGAAUUCUCAGGAUAUGAUUGAGAACUGGGUUCUGGAGAAGGGCCAGUUUGGUGGACAGAAAAAAGGUUCAUCAACAUCAAAUUUCAGAGGAUCACUCUGAAUUGUAUUGCUCUAAAACAUGUUCCUGUUGUUCUGCUUUCUAUUGACUGGCAGUCUUAAACUACGUGAUCAAUUUCAUUCAAUAAAAAGUUCAAUAUUUAACAAAACUAAAAAUUUAAGCGGUUUGGAAUAUCUCAAAAUCAAAUGGGAAAUUUUAAUUUGAAAUGAAGGAGUUCUUUGUCUUAGA